AGGAGGGAGGGAAGGGGAGGAAGGAGGGGGGGAAGCCCUCCCAUCUCUUCCCACUUCUCUCUCUUUCCUUCCCCCCCUCCUCUCCCCUUUCCCACUCCUGAUUCUUCCCUUUCUUUCUUUCUUUCUUUUUUUGCAAUUCCUCCUCUUGUAUGUGUGUGCUUCCCGGGACCUGCCAGCAUGCCUGCCUCCCGCAGGGGCUUCCUCGUCCUCUUCUCCUGCCUCGUCCUGGGACAAGCCUUGGAUUUUACCGACUACACUGAUGUCUUGGAAGAAGAGGAAGAGCCCGAGCCCAUUGACUACAAGGAUCCUUGCAAAGCUGCUGCCUUCUUGGGAGACAUCGCCUUGGACGAGGAAGAUCUCAAGAUGUUCAAGGUGGACAGGGUUGUGGACCUGACUCGGCACACCAUUCAGAGAACAGCUAACAAUUCUUCAGGGAACCUUUCCAACAGCACCAGCAUCCGACCUGCAAGGCAGCAGAGGAGACGAUGGAGGCAAGACCGGGGUCGGACCCGGAGUCGUCGGGCGGCCACUUCGCGUCAUGAGCGGGUCUGGCCAGACGGCAUCAUUCCUUAUGUGAUCAGUGGGAAUUUCAGUGGUAGCCAGCGAGCGGUCUUCCGACAAGCCAUGCGCCACUGGGAGAAGCACACCUGCAUCACCUUCUUGGAGCGGACGGAUGAAGACAGCUACAUUGUGUUUACAUACCGGCCGUGUGGGUGCUGUUCCUACGUGGGGCGCAGAGGCGGAGGCCCUCAGGCCAUCUCCGUUGGGAAAAACUGUGACAAAUUUGGGAUCGUGGUCCACGAACUGGGCCACGUCAUUGGCUUCUGGCAUGAGCACACCCGCCCCGACCGAGAUGACCAUGUCUCCAUUUACCGAGAAAACAUCCAGCCAGGACAGGAGUAUAACUUCCUGAAGAUGGAGCGAGAAGAUGUGGACUCCUUGGACGAGAUCUAUGAUUUCGACAGCAUCAUGCACUACGCCAGAAACACCUUCUCCAAAGGGAUCUUCCUAGACACCAUCCUUCCCAAAUAUAAUGUGAAUGGAGUGCAGCCUUCCAUUGGCCAGCGAAACCAACUCAGCAAGGGAGACAUUGCUCAAGCACGUAAACUCUACAAAUGCCCUGCUUGCGGAGAGACGCUACAGGACAGCCAAGGGAACUUCUCUUCUCCUGAUUUUCCGAAUGGAUAUUCGGCACACAUGCAUUGUAUCUGGAGAAUAUCCGUCACCCCAGGGGAAAAGAUCAUUCUGAACUUUACUUCCCUGGAUGUCUACCGGAGUCGGCUCUGCUGGUAUGACUACGUGGAGGUGAGAGACGGGUUCUGGAAGAAGUCAACUCUGAGAGGCAGGUUCUGCGGAAACAAAAUCCCAGAGCCCAUCCACUCCACCGACAGCCGCCUCUGGAUCGAGUUCCGCAGCAGCAGCAACUGGAUCGGCCGGGGCUUCUUUGCCACCUAUGAAGCCAUCUGUGGAGGAGAGGUGAAGAAAGACAACGGGCACAUCCAGUCUCCCAACUAUCCAGACGACUACCGGCCCAAUAAACUCUGCAUCUGGAAGGUUACUGUCUCCGAAGGAUACCACGUGGGCCUCUCCUUCCUAUCCUUUGAGGUAACAGAAGCCUGGACCCAAGAAGUUUUGACCCAAACAAUGAAAAGGGCUUGGUCCAUUUUCUUGUUGCUUCUCCGAUUUAGCAAAACUUCCCAAUUUUGCCCUUCUCUGCAGAUUGAGCGCCACGACAGCUGCGCUUACGACAACUUGGAGAUCCGUGACGGGGGCACAGAGUCCGGCACCCUGAUUGGACGGUACUGUGGUUACGACAAGCCUGACGACAUCAAGAGCACCUCCAACAAGUUGUGGAUGAAGUUUGUGUCAGACGGGUCCAUCAACAAAGCCGGCUUUGCAGUCAACUUCUUCAAAGAAGUGGACGAAUGCUCCAGACCAAACAACGGCGGGUGUGAACAACGUUGUGUGAAUACACUGGGCAGCUACAAGUGCGCCUGUGACCCCGGUUAUGAACUGGCCCCGGACAAACGCAGAUGUGAAGCUGCCUGUGGCGGGUUCCUCACCAAGCUCAAUGGGUCCAUCACCAGCCCUGGAUGGCCAAAGGAAUACCCGCCCAACAAGAACUGCAUCUGGCAGCUGGUGGCACCCACCCAGUACCGCAUAUCGCUGCAGUUUGACUUCUUCGAGACGGAGGGCAAUGAUGUGUGUAAAUAUGACUUCGUGGAAGUGCGGAGCGGCCUCAAUGCUGAGGCCAAACUGCACGGCAAGUUCUGCGGAACGGACGCACCUGACGUAAUCACCUCUCAGUACAACAACAUGCGCAUUGAGUUCAAGUCGGACAACACUGUCUCCAAGAAGGGCUUCAAAGCACAUUUCUUCUCAGACAAAGACGAAUGCUCCAAGGAUAACGGCGGGUGUCAACACGAGUGCCUGAACACCUUCGGCAGCUAUGAGUGCCAAUGCCGCAGUGGCUUUGUGCUACACGACAACAAGCACGACUGCAAAGAAGCCGGCUGUGAUCACAAGAUGACAUCCAUCAGUGGUACCAUCACCACCCCAAAUUGGCCGGAUAAAUAUCCAAGCAAGAAGGAGUGCAGCUGGGCAAUAGCGACAACACCCGGACACCGCGUCAAACUGACCAUCCGGGAGUUGGAUAUCGAAGGACACCAAGAAUGCACUUAUGACCACCUGGAGAUUUAUAAUGGAAAAGAUGCCAAAGCUCCCGUCUUGGGUCGAUUCUGUGGCUCUAAGAAACCAGAUCCCAUCGUCUCUUCCAGCAACAGGAUGUUCCUCAAGUUCUUCUCAGAUAACUCCGUCCAAAAGAAAGGCUUCGAGGCAACCUAUACGUCAGAAUGCGGAGGCCAAAUGCGGGCCGAAGUAAAAACCAAGGAUCUUUACUCGCACGCCCAGUUUGGAGACAACAACUACCCGGGAGGCUCCGAUUGCGAAUGGGUGAUUGUGGCCGAGGAAGGCUACGGAGUGGAGCUGAUUUUCCAGACCUUUGAGAUCGAGGAAGAGGCGGAUUGUGGUUACGACUACAUGGAGUUGUUUGACGGCUACGACGGGACAGCCCCACGCCUGGGACGCUAUUGCGGCUCUGGGCCUCCAGAAGAGGUCUAUUCCGCGGGCGACUCCGUGAUGGUGAGAUUCCACUCCGACGACACCAUCAACAAGAAGGGUUUCCAUCUACGAUACACCAGCACCAAAUUCCAGGAUACGCUGCACACACGGAAGUGAGCCUCCGGCCACCCCCGGCGACGGAGAACGGGCCUCCCGUGACCGGAGGGACGGACAGAUCUCUGCUGAUCACAAAGACACCCACGGAGGAAAUGCAGAUGGACUGGAACGAGAAAUACACAGUACACCUCAAAGUGUGAAACGCUCACACGGAAACCACGGUGCUGCCAGCCGCUCUCAAAGACUCGGCUUGGGGAAGUGGGGGAUUCCUUUCACUUUUCUUCUUUUCUUUUCGUUUUUUUAAAUGUCGAUUUCUGUGCCUCUUUUGUGUCUUGAGCAGAGUGUCUUCGGGACUAACCACUUUGCAGCUUCCAUUUACGGUUUGAUCUCCCUCCCCCUUUUCUACACUGUCCUCCUCCCCCAAUCCUGGAGGUUAUGGUUUAAAACAACGCCGGGCAAUUCAACCCGGUCAUAAACUCCAUAAAGCAAGUUUCCCAACAACGAUGUCUGAGUAUCCAGACCCAAACACAGUGGAGAGACUGCCAUGCUUGCAGAAGCUGUCUGUCUGUUGUAAUGAUGUAAUAAAUACACUUUCUUGUACUUCUAAA